AUGGACAACAAUCCUCACGAUACUUCGUCUAAUGUCGACAGAACUUCGACUGUAACUCCCUCAUACUCACAAAAUUCUUCUCUCAUUGAAUCUUCCACAACUUCAAUAGGUAGUUUACCGACUCCACUUAACAAUAAUAGUGAUUCUUCUCAACAAGUCUUUUCAAUGCCAACUCAAAGACAGUCGACGAGGUCUGCCGUUUUAUCUUCGGUAUUGUCCUCUACACCAAAUUCUUCUUCUCUUGCCACUACGUCUGUGAGAGCGACAGCUCCAGGCUCAAGGCAGGUUCGACGGAAUUGGUGGGGCUAUAUCUUAGAAAACUUUAGAUCUAUUUCUAGAACUUCCAAGGUGUUGCUAAUAAUGUCCCUCAUAUUGGUCGUUAUUCAGGUUGUUGUCACAAUUACGAUUCUUGUGAUAUCAGCAUUACGCGACAGAGAUCAUAGACGUAAUGGACAAAAUCAAAAUGAUAAUAAUGAACCAAUAAGAAGGGAUUCAUGGGUUGACCGUUUUAAGUCUUUUUUGGAUCUUUUCGCAACUCUUUGGUUUAUUAUCGGCAAUUAUCUUCUUUUCACUACUCAAAAUUGUGCGACCAAAGCACCUGAAAUUUUCUUUCUUUCUUUAACAUGGGUUAUUCUUGGAUACAUCGUAAUCACUAUUCCUAUAUUAUUAUGCCUCGCUGUUAUUUUCUGUUUACCAUGCGUAUUAGUUGCAAUGAGAAUCCUUCAUGUUGGGGAUGCUGUUGGAAUUAGCGGUGCUAGUGAUGAUAUAAUUCAAAAAAUUCCAUUAGCAAAGUUUAAAGCAACUCAAGGAGAUUCUAAUGUAUCAGAAAGUCAAUCUACUGAUACCAUUGUAUCAGUGUCACAGACAGAAUCAAGUCAUCAACCAAUACCUUCAACACCUAAAAAAUCUCGAUUUAAUAUAUUCGGAAGUAAAAACAAAGGCUCUCAUCAUCAGCCAGUCGCACAACAAACGCUUACCAUUCCUAAUCCCGAUGACGCUGUCUGCUCUAUCUGUCUGUCAGCGUACGAAGAUGGUGAUGAACUACGGAAUUUAUGGUGUUCACAUCAUUUUCAUAAGGAUUGUGUUGACGAGUGGCUAUCGUUGAAUAGACGAUGCCCAAUGUGUCGAAGUAGUAGUACCAGUGGUCGAGUGGAUGUUUCAAGUAGUCAAGGUGAAUCAGCAGAAGAUGCCGCUCAUAAUGUAUAA